UUUGUUAAAUUACAAUUUCUGCGGAUUUGUUGCCGUAAACGAAUCAAUGUACAUUCCGUUUUGUGAUUACCAACAACUUAUGAGCUUAAUACCCAAGAAGCAAAUGCAUCAAAUCGACGAUGACACGAGUUUCCUUUUGAGUGUUUUGUAUAUUGUUUUCCCUUACUUAUUGUGGGUAUGCACACAAGUUUUCUUACUGUUUGGAGUACUUUUGUACCGAUGGAGUAGUGGUGGCCAAUACAAUCUCAACAUUCCAUGAGAACCCAAAAACGUGAGCUGGUCAAACAUAUACCCAAUUAAUUUUCUGUAUUGAUCCCUCUUUCAAUCACCUCUCCAUUGUUUGAUUCCUUUUGUCUGGUUUCAGAUGACUUUUUCUGGGGGGGUAAAUUUGUUUUUCCCCAUGUUUCCUAGCUUUUGGAUUCGUGUGAUUUUUGCAGGGAAUCAGGGUGUUUCAGGUUAACUGUCUAUGAUCCCUCAAUGGUGUAGUUCGUUUCAUUUUUGUGAACUGCUUGGUAGAGUUUUUGGUUAUCAGCAGUCGGUUAAAAACAUCUUGUCUGUUAGGUAUGAAGAAAAGUUCCCAUUUUCAUAAUGGUAGAACAGCUAGUGAAAGAAAAUGGCUGCUUCCUAUGAUUUCUAGCUUACUGAUAUUUGUGAUCCUCCUGUACUUUCUAACUGUUGAGUAUGGUUCAUCCACUGAGCGGAUAAAAUCUUCGUCUUUUCAACUCGUUUCACUCAAACGGACAGAUGAUUCGAGUGGGUAUUUUGUCGAAUCUGAACUAGGCCAAAAUAAUCAUCUAGAGAAUCUCAAGCCUCCAAGAAUAGCUUAUCUGAUAUCUGGAACAAAGGGAGACAGUGGUAGAAUGAGGAGAACAUUGCAGGCUCUGUACCAUCCCAGAAACCAGUAUGUUUUACAUUUGGACCUGGAAGCACCUCCAAGGGAAAGGCUUGAAGUGGCCAUGUUGGUGAAAUCUGAUCCCGUUUUCUCACAAGCAAAGAAUGUUCAUGUAGUCGGGAAGGCCAAUUUGGUCACGUACAAAGGCCCAACUAUGAUUUCUUGUACUCUACAGGCUGUGGCAAUUUUGCUAAAGGAAAGUAAGGAUUGGGACUGGUUCAUCAACCUUAGUGCUUCUGAUUAUCCCCUUGUCACACAAGAUGAUUUACUUCAUGUUUUCACCUACUUGCCGAGGGGCGUCAAUUUCAUUGAACAUACAAGUGAUAUUGGCUGGAAAUUGUAUCAGAGGGCUAAACCCAUAAUUAUAGAUCCAGGCUUGUACCUGUCCAAAAAGUCUGACAUAUUUUGGGCUUCCCAGCAUCGAGCUGUUCCAACGUCCUUCAAAUUAUUUACAGGAUCAGCAUGGGUUAUGUUGACUCGUCCAUUUUUGGAGUUCUGUAUAUGGGGGUGGGAUAAUCUGCCUAGAACAGUUCUCAUGUACUACACAAAUUUUAUUUCAUCCCCAGAAGGAUACUUUCACACAGUGAUCUGCAAUGCUCAGGAAUUCCGGAAUACCACAGUGAACCAUGACUUACAUUAUAUAGCCUGGGAUACCCCACCGAAACAACACCCGAAGUUGUUGUCCUCGAAGGAUUUUAAUGACAUGGUUAAAAGUGGUGCUCCAUUUGCUAGGAAAUUUCCUAAAGAUGACCCUGUUUUGGAUAAAAUAGACAAAGAGCUUUUGGGACGUUCUGAGGAUCAAUUCACACCUGGUGGGUGGUGUGUAGGGAGCAGCGGUGGUGGUAAAGAUCCUUGCACAGUCAAAGGUGAUCCAAUGGUCCUCAGACCUGGGCCAGGUGCUAAAAGACUAGUAGGCCUGGUGACGAAGUUACUAUCCUCUGAAAACUUUCAGACCAAACAAUGCAAAUGAAAAUGGAACAUUGGUCUUUGUAUUUAUCGGCAUGGGAUCUUGAACCAAGAGACAUAAAUGGAAAUAUGGGAAGGUGCAUCUUUUCUUAAUGGAGUAUUUAUUUGUAUAUCUGACAUCAUUCCCACUAAAGUCAUGUCUAGAACUUCCCACUAAACUAUGCUUAAGAUAACUUUUGAAUUACAGUAUUUAGAUUUUAACGUCGAAUUAUCUUAUCUUGCAGUUUGCUUAUCUGUGAGGUUCUUCCUCGUGCCACAGAAAUCAUGUGAAAUCUGUACACAAGUUUUGAACAAAUAGGACCUACCCAGUAUUUGUAGGGAAAGAAUAUCAUGAAAUUGUUACGAGCAUCCUUAUGUUUGGUGGACUACAAUGGGAAUUUUGUUGUUCUGAUAUGAUUUUUUUU